AUGGCAUGCUUCUUGAGCUUGCCCGCUGAAAAUCGGAUUUCCAUAUAUGAGGAGGUUUUAGGCGCAGGCCAAACCUUCUUCCUCUUCCACGGCACAGGCAACCAAGUCAAUGCUCUUGCGCCCACCAAUCCCCGGAGAUGGAGCGCGUUUCUCUUCACCAACCACCUUAUAUACAGCGAGGCCAGAGAAAUCGUCUACGGCGCCAAUCGCUUCGUCCUUUUAGACGUGACGCACACACAGACGGAGCUAUUGCACAACUUCCUCGGUGGGAUCGGGCCUGCAAACGCCUCCUUGAUCACACACUUGGUUAUCAGUUUCCCAGUAAUGGAGAGGGUAGAGGCCCAAGAGGCGGAAUUUGCAUUGAAGGGUGAUAGCAUGCGUGCUUUAGAGCUUCUUCGAGCGCAGUGCACGAGGCUGAAGACUCUGGAACUUCAGGUCAAUCGCCAAAAUUCCAGUGGUUUAACGGAAGAGAAGGACUGCGAUUCAAAAUUCGCUCGAGACGCAUUACCCCGGAUCAAUCAGGAGCUGAAAGGCAUUUCGUCGCUGGAGCGAGUUGUUGUAAAAGUCUAUGAGAAGGCACUCAUGCCUUCUGUGGAGAGUGUCAUGCAGAAUUUUGGAUGGAUGGUCAUGUUGAAUUUGUAUACGAUCCUUGACCCUCCUUUGAUAUAG